AUGGCUACUAUCGCAAGGAAACGACUGGCACAAGAAAGGGCAGACUGGAGGCGGGAUCAUCCGGUAGGAUUCUCUGCCAAGUACGCGCCUUUACCUGACGGAAGCGGGCUGGACAUUAUGACAUGGAUUUGCAAAAUACCGGGCAAACGGGGGUCCAUAUGGGAAGGAGGUGAAUACACACUUACCAUGGAGUUCACAGACGAUUACCCGAGCAAGCCGCCCAAGUGUAAAUUCAGGCCCGUAUUAUUCCACCCCAAUGUCUACCCGUCGGGCACCGUCUGUCUCUCCAUACUCAGCGAGGAAAAGGAUUGGAAGCCAUCCAUCACGAUCAAACAAAUUCUAUUGGGUAUACAGGAUCUCCUCGACAACCCCAACCCACUGUCGCCUGCACAAGCUGAUCCAUAUCUACUGUUCGUCAACAACCGUGAAGAAUAUAACGCCAGGGUGCGCAAGCAAGCACUGGAAAAUCAGUCCUCCGCUUUUAACUAA